AUGGCCGAAGACGAGGUGGUCCGCGAUUUCAAGAAACAGCUGAGCCGCGGCUCUUCUCACCUGGGGCGCUUGGCCGUCUUGGCAACAGAAGCAGCAGGCUCACAGCCACUGCGCAGCACUAGCUUUCCGGACCUCAGAGGUGAGUUGCUGUUCCCGGAGCUGGGCAGGGCUGGGGAUAUCGCCCAGCCUGGUGGCUUUCGUCGCGAGCACAUCUUGCGGCUGGCUCCCAAUCCUGCAGCUGAGCAGCCGCUGCUAAGCACGCUGCUGGAUCCAAGGUUGCUGCGCUACUUUUCCAAAACCGAGCUUGAAAGUGAAACUUCAACCGUCCUCGAACCUCCCGGAGCCUCAGAUCUCUCGACGGUCCUGGUGAUUUUGAAGUCCACAGUUGGUGGCACUUUGAUCAUCAUCCCAGGUGCUUUCUCAACCACUGGGCUUCUGCUGGCACCCUUAGUUUUGCUCUUCGUUGGUGGAGUUGAAAUCUACUGCAUGGUCUUGCUGGUGAAGUGUGUGCGCUCACUGGGACGUGGCUCCUAUGGCGAGAUUGCACAUAGAUCCAUUGGGGCUGCAGGGAUGUGGGCGGUGGAUUUGAGUAUCCUCCUGUCACAAAUCGGCUUUGUUUGUUCAGAAAUGCUAUACGUGGCCAAGAAUUGCGCUGGAGCCAUUUCAGCUUAUGGCGUGGAGUCGCCAUGGUUCUCCGAGACCAGCAUUUUGUUGCUGCAAUUGCUGGUGGCUAUACCCAUGAGCUGGAUACAGAAGCUCAAGUACUUUCAGGUGUCAAACAUUAUUGCCAAUACGACGGUCCUGCUUGCUUUAGCCAUUCUCUUGGGCUACUCUUUCAGUGGUUUGGUGACUGAGGGACCUGGAGUUGGUCUGCAAUCAGUAGGUCCCGAUUGGAUGAUCUUCGCUGGCAACGUGGUUUUUUCCUUUGAGUGCAUCAAUUUCGUAAUUCCAAUGUAUGACGCACAUGAAAAGAAGGAGACCUUUGCACCCAUCUUGGCCUACACCUUGCUGGCUGUUUGUGCUCUGUUCAUCAUCUUUGGUGGAGUUAACUAUGCCUUCUAUGGAAUAGAAACACGUCCGUUCGUGACCUUAAACCUCCCGAGCAACUCCAGAGUUGGAAAGAUCAUCCCCUUCGCAUUUGCGCUGGCUUCGCUGUUCAAUGUGCCACUCUUUCUUUUUCCUGCGGCCAUCUACUUGGAAUCGCAGUUCUUCAAUGGGCCAGCCUCUUGCGCCAGAACCUGGAAGAUCAAUGGCAUGAGGACCAUUCUGAUCUUGAUUUGUACCUUCAUUGCCUUUUUGGGCAAGGACAAGAUUGGUGCCUUCAUUGCUUUCAUCGGCUCCUUCUGCUGUGUCCCCCUGGCCUUCAUCUUUCCCGUGAUUUGCCACGCGAAGAUCUGCCAGCCCUCGCGGCAGAUGCUGGCGGUGAAUGGGGCGGUGCUGCUCUUGGGGCUGGUCUUAUUCGUCUACACCUCCUUCAGUGCCAUCAAGGAGGAAAAAGAGCCGAUCGCCAACUUGUGCGAUGUGGUAUGGGGGCAGGAGAAUAUGUUGAUCUCCACUUCGCCCUUGCUGGUGGGCCUUAGCCUGGUGUUAGAAUGCGCCGCGGCACCGCACUCGGUGGAAGAGUGUGCCACUCAGGGCCCGAGCCAGAGAGGCGAUACGGCAGUGGAGGUGAAGCCAGACGUAGAACUCGCUCCGGCAGAUGCGGCGCCCGAGGCGUGGCUCUUCGAGAUGUCACGUGGGGAGUAUUUGCGGAAGAGCGGCCUGGGCAUGCUUGGGACAUCUUGGGACAUUCAGAGCAUGUGCGGUUGUGACGGCAAGCUGGGCUUCAUUCGUGGCAUUCGUGGCUUUGGCAUUUACGCCCGUGCGCACGAACGACGCUGCGCUCCUCAGGCGGCUCAGGCAGGCGAAUUCUUGGGAUGGACAAUGAGAGGCUGA